GUUCUUCUUUCAUCCUUCUUUGUUCAUCAGUGCCUUCUUUGAGAAACUGUUACAAGAAGACCAGCGGCAGCCCUCUCCAGCGUUUUUCUUUGUUUAUUCUUUGACAACUUCACUGUCUGUCUAGUUCAUACCAAGAGAAGGGGAAAAGAAUCAACCACCACAUUUGCAAUCCAUUACCACAUCAGCCAGGCGCCAGUUGUUGCCUCACUUUCCUGUUCUUUUUUUUCCAUUCCAUACACUAUAUAAUGGCAACCAUGGCAGCUCCGUCCUCCGCUCCGAAGGUUGUCGAUCUUAACAUUCAGCUGAUGUGCCCAGACUGUAAAGUGGUCCCGCCCAACAUCUCGGAGGAGUUUUCGUCCGGUGACCUUGUGUGCGCUGACUGCGGAUUGGUACUGGGAGAUCGUAUCGUCGACACCCGCUCGGAAUGGCGUACAUUCGCAAAUGAUGAGGGCGACGACCCGUCCCGUGUCGGUUCCGCAGCAAAUCCGCUGUUGAACGGCCCGCAGCUCGACACAGUGAUCUCGCAGCGAGACGGCGGCUCUGGAACAGCCCGAGAGUUGAACAGGACCCAUGGCAGAGUUACAGCAGUCAAGGGUGAACGCAACUUGCUUCAGGCCUACAAGGAUAUCUCUGCAAUGUGCGAUGCCAUUGGGCUUCCCAAACUCAUUGUGGAUAUUGCAAAACAGCUGUUCAAGCGUGUUGAGGACGAAAAGAUGUUGAAGGGCAAACCGAACGAGAGCAUUAUUGCGGCGUGCAUCUUCAUUGCCUGUCGUCAGGAGGGUGUGCCCCGUACCUUUAAGGAGAUCUGCACCCUUACACAGGUGCCCAAGAAGGAGAUUGGCCGAUGCUUCAAGGCACUCAACAUUGCGUUCCAUGAGACUAAGGUUCAGACGAUGACAUCGGAGGAUCUGAUGGCUCGUUUCUGCUCCAACCUUAAUCUGCCCAUGGAGGUUCAGAAGGCGGCUGUGGACUUGACAAAGAAGGCCAAGGAAGUCGGAACACUUGCGGGCAAGUCUCCAGUCUCGAUCGCUGCUGCCUGUAUCUACAUGUCCUGCAACCUCUUCAGCCAGGCCCGAUCAACAAAGGACAUCAGCGUUGUUUGCGGUGUCUCUGAAGUGACGAUCAAGAACGCCUACAAGCACCUGUACGCCGAGCGGGCCAAAUUGGUGAAUGAGAAACUGACGGCGAAACGUAUCGAGGCCCUUCCUCCCCCUUAAAGGAACUACUUUUGCGGCAUCUUUCUCUCUCCUGCGUCGCAACCACCGUUAUGAGCAUCUCUUCGAUCCAUUGCUUGAUAUAUAUCAUUAACCGAGAAAGCGUUAGCGUAACCUUUGCCUCUCCUUGAGCUUCAAUAGAACGCGCCUCUGCAUGC